GUAUCAGCCGUGAUCACUGGCAUAAGCGACGAGCUACAGGCGGCAAACGCGCGCCUAUCCGCAAGAAGAGGAAGUACGAGUUAGGUCGCCCGGCCGCCAACACUAAGCUUGGCUCGCAGCGUAUCCAUUUAGUGCGCUCUCGUGGAGGAAACACCAAGUUCCGUGCCCUCCGCCUGGAUACUGGAAACUUCUCUUGGGGAUCUGAAUGCUCCACCCGCAAAACCCGUAUUAUUGAUGUUGUGUACAAUGCCUCAAACAAUGAAUUGGUCCGUACCAAGACCUUAGUGAAGAACGCGAUUGUUGUAGUGGAUGCUACACCUUUCAGACAAUGGUACGAGUCAAACUACCUUUUGCCUUUGGGCAGGAAGAAGGGAGCUAAAUUGACUGAAGCUGAGGAUGCUAUCAUCAACAAGAAGCGCAGCAAAAAGACAGCCAAGAAGUACCUGGCGAGGCAGCGCCUGGCCAAGGUUGAGGCUGGUCUUGAAGAGCAAUUCCACACUGGACGUUUAUUAGCAUGCGUGUCCAGCCGGCCCGGCCAGUGCGGCCGCGCCGACGGGUACGUGCUGGAGGGCAAGGAGCUGGAGUUCUACCUGAGGAAGAUCAAAUCCAAGAGGGCCAAGUAAAAAGUGUAAUGUAAAAUAAACAUAAAACCUAA